AUGGCGUUGGUAACCACCAUCCUGAGUCCCCGGCAUCCUCUCGUCCAUUGGCGGCAUCGAACCUGUCUCAACCCGAUCUCAGCUGGUUUUCCAAAUUUCUUGACCGCCACAACGCCCUUCCCACUCCUUCCUGCGCCCUCCCGACUCUACCAGCAAACCCAUCUUUCUCGCCGCGAAGGAGUGGCAAGUGUGUCACCGACCGUGGACGAAGUACCGGAACAAACCGGGAGGACGGAGCAAGAAGUAUCGAUGGCAGAGCAGGCACCCCCCUCUCAGCGGGUUGCCGUUUACCGGAGAGCCAGCAAGUCCGGCGGCGUCGGCACGGCGACCUCUAGCGCGUCCGAGCCCCCGACGGUUCCCGCUGCCAUCCUCGCGACGCCGACAACCGUGUCCCCCUUCCCGACGGGCAUGACGGCGGUCGCAGAGUUACUGGAGACCCAGGGUGCAGUGCUGGCAGCUGCUUCGCAAUCCGUACAAGGCGUCGCGUCGAUGGUGAACAAGGCUUUCCUCAAUUUGAUGGAAGAAGGGGAGGGGCUGAGGGAGCAGAAGGCUCUGCGGGAAAACUGGCCGGCCAUUGCACUCAAUGCCAGCAAGGAGAGCGCCGCCAUGGUCGACUGGUUUUUUGCCGAUAUCCAGUACAUUGACAAUGUCCUCGUCCGCGCCAGCCGCGUUGCUGGAUCUGUCGCCGACCAGGGUAGCGGGAAGACACAUGAGUCCAAAUUCAUGUCGGUCUUCUGGGGUUCCGGGCUGAGGCAGCACCGGAAAAACUAUAGACGCCAGUUGGACUCCCUCUCCAGGCUCAUCGAGGAUAGCGACCGGCCGCAUGCCACAUUUCGUCAAGACGCCGAAAACUUUCGGGUAAAGCAGCUAAACCUUCUCGAAAUCAUGGUGAAUCUGGAUGAUUUCGACAACGAAAACCUUGUUCUAGUCAUCGGACCGGGCAAAUUCUUCCAUCAAACUCCUGAACAAGAAUGUGUUCGGCUCUCAACCCGGCGCGUCCCGAGGCCCAGCGCCCGUUUGCUUGGAUCCCGAGGUGGCUUCGUUUGUCCGCGACCUCCAUACGGCAGGGGGGCGGGGACCAUGCUCGACGACGCAUUUCUUAACGGUAUCGAGGAGCUCAGCAAGUUGCUGGCAGCGAUGGAGAUGGAGAGGAUCUGGAUUGAAGGAACAUUGAAGAAGUGGCUGGGCCCUUUGUCUAGAGGGUCCGGAUGGCCCAUGGCCGAACUCCAAGUUUUGGCCAAGGAGAUGGUGGUGAAGGCUGGAGAGUGGCGCAUGAAACUCCGGGAGCUGUACUACGAGUGA